UUCAGAGAGGCAAUUGAGUAAAAUAAAAGACAUCUGGCUUUAGUGAUGAAAAAACAAAUUAAAUGGUAAUUGUUGCAAGGAUUCCAAGUCAAUCUCAAAAUAAGUGACCAACUUACAAUGUUAACAAACAUUCCAGAGCCAAAAUUGAUUAAAGAAGGAUGGCUUUUGAAAAGAGGUGAACAUAUUCGUAACUGGAGGCCAAGGUAUUUCAUACUUUAUGAGAAUGGUGAUCUCAAAGGUUUUAAACAAAAACCUGAACUUGGAAAGGAAGCUGGCGAACCAUUAAAUCGUUUUACUGUGAGAGGUUGUCAGGUGUUUAAAAUCGAAAAGUCUAAGCCUUAUACCUUUCUAUUGAAAGGACUUCAUUGGUCUAGUGUUAUUGAGAGAACUUUCUGUGCUGACACUGACAAUGACAGAAAUGAAUGGUGCCAUGCCAUUGAACAUGUUGCCUCACUUAUAGAGGCUGCUGAUGAUCAAGACAUCUACAUGAUGGAUCUCAAAGAAGAUGAGGAUAUGAGCAGCAAGCUAAAUAUUAACCGCAACAGUUCAACAUCAAAGGGCAAAAAAGUUAGUCUCGACGAUUUUGAGUUCAUUAAAGUUCUAGGCAAAGGAACUUUUGGCAAAGUGGUAUUGUGCCGGGAGAAAGCAAGUAAAAAGUUGUACGCUAUGAAAGUUUUAAAGAAAGAAGCGAUCAUUGCUAAAAACGAAAUAACCCACACAUUAACCGAGAAUAGCGUCCUCCAACGGACUAAUCAUCCUUUUUUAAUAACACUGAAAUAUUCAUUUCAAACUGAUCAUAGACUAUGCUUCGUAAUAGAAUAUGUUAAUGGAGGUGAAUUGUUUUUCCAUCUGUCAAAGGAAAGGAUAUUUACCGAAGAUAGAACAAGAUUUUAUGCCAGUGAGAUACUUCUAGCUCUCGAUUAUCUUCAUUCACGAUCAAUCAUAUACAGAGACUUAAAGCUUGAAAAUUUAUUGUUGGAUCGAGAUGGUCAUAUUAAGAUUGCCGAUUUUGGCCUUUGUAAGGAAGACAUUAAUUGGGGUGUAACGACAAAAACAUUCUGCGGAACACCAGAAUACUUGGCCCCAGAAAUUCUUGAAGACACUGAUUAUGGCCGUGCCGUUGAUUGGUGGGGCUUAGGUGUCGUUACAUAUGAAAUGAUGUGUGGUCGGUUACCUUUUUACGACCGAGAUCACGAUGUCCUGUUUGAACUUAUUUUAAUGGAGGAAAUUAAAUUCCCUCGAAAUCUUUCAGUUGAAGCUAAAAGUCUUCUAGCAGGCUUACUCAAUAAAGAUCCUAAAAAACGUCUCGGUGGUGGACCAAAUGAUGCAAAAGAAAUCAUGGUUCAUGCAUUUUUUUCCGGAAUCAAUUGGGAAGAUGUCCUUGCAAAAAAGGUUAUUCCUCCAUUCAAACCAGCUGUUACUUCUGAAACUGAUACCAGAUACUUCGACUCUGAAUUUACUGGGGAAUCAGUUAAAUUAACACCUCCAGGUCCUAACAAUUUAAAUUCCAUAUCGGAAGAGGAAGAAUUGCCUUAUUUCCAACAAUUCUCCUACCAUGGCAGCGCAGGAGCUUGUUAACAAUGUACGAUCACGGGCCAAGGUUGGGCUUAACAAUCCUUUUAAAAACGAACCAGCGUAACACAAGCAAAAUUUAUAUACAAAAACUUUACCCUUUUCUUCCACCAAUCACACUGUUAAUUACUUAUAACGUGAUAUAAUAUUAAUAUACACACACGUACACUCAAUCAACAUCCGAUUAACAUGGUAAACAAAUUAUGCUGUAUGAGAUUGGUUGAAUAGUUGAAAAUCCUCUUUUUUUCCUUCUUUUUUUUGUCCAUCCAUUUGAGUUUACUGCGGAAAAAAUUCAAAUUGUUAUAAAGUAAGCUCAUCUCAUUGCUUUUUUUUAACUUUACAAAUGUUACUCUGUGUGUAUCAACUUAUUUUGAGAUUCACGUUGCAUGUUAACAUGCAGUUGACUAAUGGCUUGGAUUUAACAAUCAAUUUAGCAAUCAAUUGAUUUUUCAACCUGAAAUUUGAACCUUUAUCCGGUUUUGAUUUACCUUUUUUCAUAUAUAUAUACAUAUUAUUUAUCAUUGAUAAUUACUGUUACGACUACAACAACGAUGAUUAUAACUAGUGAUAGUAACAGCAAAUGAAUGCAACAACACUCAUAAUUAUGAUUGUUAUUUGAAGCAAAAUGAAAGUGUUAGUUUGAUUUGAAAUUAUAAAUUUUAAUUUGCUCUCCUUAACUAGGUAAGUCAAUUUGGUUGGCAAUUUUAAUAUUGAGUGUGACAAUCAAAAGGUUGAUCGAGAAUCACAAUAAUACUAAUUGAAAGAGAGAAACCAUUUUAGAUCAUCUUUUUUUAAACACUUUUUUUAAUCACAAUUUUCAAUAGACAACUCAAACUGAACAGUUUAACACACAAAAGUAUGUACAAUGUAUCUUUUGCUUCUCUUAAUUGUAAAUAAUAUAUAUUACUAUUAAAUCUUAAUUGUCUGGUUAAGGCCUUGCUUUUUGCUGCAAAAACAAAUACCAUUUAUCAAUGUUUUUUUAACAUUUCGCAUUUUUACCUUUUAAUCUCUAUUAUCUGUUCCACAAUAUUUGAUUAUUAUUUAUACCCAUUUAUAGAAAAUUAAUUGUUAAUUUCAAUGUUAAUACUGAUCAAUCUUUUUCUUCUGUUUAUCCAUUUAUUAUAUUUUUAGUUGUCAAAUUGUCCAACAUGACAACAGGUCAAAUCUAGUACGAUUUGAACUGGUUUUGUGCUUAAUUAUUAACUGUGAUUGGUGGAAUCUGCUGAUUACCAAUUAACACACAAUUUAAAAGGAUUUCAAGUCUAAUCUUGCUCCGUGAUCCAUCGACAUCUAUAAUUUUUAUCCCUCUCGAUAAACAACCGAUUGGGUUGAGAGUUCAACCUUUUUUUAUGUGUUAUCUAGUGGAUUUAAAUUACAAUUUACUAAGACAAUUUUGUUCACUAUUACCCUUUUAAUUUAGGUGACAACGAAUGUUUUAUUAUUAUCAAUAUUAUCACCUAAAUUGUCACAAUUCAAUUGGUAAGUUGAGCAGGAAAAAAACCAACUUAUAUAAUAUACACUUGUAAACAAACAAUGGGCACAACAUUUAAUUAUGUAAAAUAAUUGCCAUCUAAUUGUAUGGUCUUUCACACCAUUGAAUAAAUAAACGACAAUUUAAUCUUU